UCCCUCCCGCCUACCGGCUAAUCCUCUUAUCGGCAAGCAGACGGCCAAGAUGGAUGUUGUGAACCAGUUGGUGGCCACCGGACAGUUCACCAUAAUCAAACAGCCUUUGGGAUUUAUGAAAAUCCUACAAUGGAUCUUUGCCAUCUUUGCUUUCUCGACAUGCGGCAGCUACUCUGGCAUGUUCAAGAUGAGUGUGGAGUGUAAAAACCGGUCAGAUAGUGACCUGAGCAUUGAGGUGGAGUUUGAGUAUCCAUUCAGGCUACAUCAGGUGUACUUCGAUGCCCCAACCUGYAAGGGGGGAAACCCUGAGCGUCUGUUCCUGAUCGGAGACUACUCCUCCUCAGCUGGGUUCUUUGUCACCGUCGGUGUCUUCUCUUUCCUCUACUCCAUGGCAGCYCUUUCUGUGUAUGUUUUCAUUCUGGAGAAAUACCGUGAAGGCUGCAAGGGAGCCCAGAUUGACUUCGUUGUGACCUGUGUGUUCACCUUCUUCUGGCUGGUGGCUUCUUCUGCCUGGGCUAAGGGUCUGUCGGAUGUGAAGGCAUCCACUGACCCAGACAAGGUCCUCUUACUGAUCGAGGCCUGCGACGAACCGGAGAACCGCUGCCGUGAAGUCCAUGACCCUGUCGUCUCUGGUCUCAACACAUCUGUGGCAUUUGGCUUCCUGAACCUGAUCCUGUGGGGAGGGAACCUGUGGUUCGUGUUCAAGGAGACUGGCUGGCUAGCAGCUUUCGGAGGCACAUACCCACCUUCCCGGGAGAAAGCGCCUGCCCCAGAGUCCUUCGGCCAGGACGGCUAUGGGCAGGAGGGCUAUGCACAGCAGGGGGAUGCCUAUACCGGCAACCAGGGAGGCUACCAGCCCGACUAUGGCCAGGGUGGCUACACCGAGGGAGGUGGAGACUAUCAGCAGGGGGGAUACGAACAGCAGCCCACCUCCUACGCCAAUCAGAUGUGAGCUGGUCCACCCUAUGGCAGCUGGAAGCUGGGGCCACCAUGUGAUUUAGGAGUGUGGUGUCUGACCACCACCCAUAAUUCCACACUCCUCUGUUUGUCUGUUUGUGCAUCUGUGAGUUGACAAGAGGAGGGAGGGAGGCAGGGAGCGAGGGGUGGAGGAAGGUGGGCUCUUGGAAGGGGAAGUUAUCAACACUGUGUCCCUUGGGAGAGGGUUAUUUUGUUGAGGGGGAAAUGGGUCCUUACUGUAACAUGCUGUUUAUUCUCGUGAUGUAUUUAACUGUAGAAGACAACAGGGGAUUGAUUGACAGUUUGAUCGCACAAGGACAAACUUGAAUACAAAACCAAAACAUGAACAUCAAUCUUCUAAAGGAAUAACACUUACAUGAAGGACAAUAAUGGUAGUAAUAUUUAACGUGGGAGAAUGUAUUUGUCUGUGCUAUGUAAAUAUCAACAUAUUCAUAUAGAAAUGUACACAGUUGAAUAAUUGUGCACUCCAUAUUAGUUGUUAUACAACAAAUGUAGAGAACAGAGUUAUUCAGUUGUAUUUACUUCAGUUCUGUUUAGGAGCUCACAUAGUUCAACCCUCGUCGUUUUUUUAUAUUUAUGUUUUGUGUUUAUUUUAUUUCUCCAUGUGUGUUUCUUCAUAUUUUCAGUUUCAGAAUAGAGUUAUAUAUUUUCUAUUUUCUCAUUGUGCUUUUUUAUUUGUUCAACAUUACUGAGUGAGUUUAACGGCAUAGAGUAGAGAAGAUGUGAUGGCAAAGGAUGAAGACAAAAAAGAAAGCAAAAAGAACGACGAAUUCAGAGAGAGAGUAGAGAAGAAUGAGAGAGGUGUUAGCAGUGCAGAGGUGUUAGCAGUGCAGAGGUGUUAGCAGUGAUUUAUGUAUUCAUUACAACUUGUAUUCAUUGUCUUAUAUUUUCCAUUUAAAUAUUACUCAAGGAUUUAGCUAUGUUUGUUCCAGAGAAUCUCUUAAAAGCUGAAAUGCAAAAAGGAGAAAAUGCAUCUAGGAUAAUGAAAAAGUAGUUAGCAUGGUAAGAAUUGGUAUUCUGCUAAUACUAUGCUGUUCCUAAAAACUGCUGUACGUACUAUGCUAUCAACACUCUUAUUUAAAGAUGAUUUGAGGUUGUGAAGUCAACUGAUGUUAAGGGGAUCAUUAUUUUUAAUGUAGUUUAGAACUUGGCAUCGGAUAGAUUGGGCCCAGAACCUUGUCAUGUUUCGAUCGACUAUUUAUCUAGUCUAGAGAUGAGUCAUAAGACAGAGUUAGUAAUCAUGUUUAUUCACAAUUUAUUUUGGUUAUCUGAUCAAAACGCAUCCAUAUAUUUACAUAGAACUAAAUCAGUWUGGCAAAAUGUGUCAUUUUCAAGACCAUAUACAAGCCAUAGAAAAUAAGUAUUUUUACAUAUUAAUAUAGCCAACUGAGUUGUCCUGAACUGUAUCUUGUUUCCAUGUAAAUAAAAUAUCCUGCAUCCCCGAUCCCCCCACAACCACACAUUCACUCUCAAAAGCAGGUUUACCAUGUGUCUGACUCCUGGAGUUAGGGGAGGGGGGGGGUGCAAGUGGCAAACAAGUGUUACAGUAAUAGUAUGUUUGGCUCAUCAUAAGGUGACAACACAGCACAGUGCAGCUCUGCUAUAUUUUACACAAACUACAGGGACUUCACAUGUUGCAAUGGUCACUCUUUUCAAGGUCAUGUAGAUAGGCUUACCUGCCAUACUGCCAAUCCUUUCUUUGGAUAGAAAACCUGUAUUGCCAAAUGGAAACAGGACAGGGGUGUCUUGAUAGAUAGAUCAAUAGCUUCCACAGUUAUCAUCACAAUUAAAUUGUUUUUCAUCCAUGUUAUUCCAUUAUGCAGUUUUGGAUCCAUACAUAUUUUUUUUAUCAGUCGGUGUAGARGCACCUCACUUUCUCUCCCUUCUCCUGUGUUUUUCUCUAUAUCGUUCUCUCUCUCUUUCUUUCCAUCUCUCUCUCUUGUAGCUCUUAUAAAUAUGCUCAAUGAAAUAUGUAUAGUUAGUCGUUAGUGGUGAAUGAUGUCUUGUGAUACUCUAUGCCUUUGGAUAGUUGUGGUUAUUGUUUAUGAUGUAUUCUUAUUACUAUUUAUGAUAAUGACUAUUACAAUUCAGAGAAAAAAAUAUCCAAGAUUCUCCAGAAUUCUAUUGUAUUUUUAUUUUAUGGAAUCCCUGUGAAACAAAAUCAAAUAAACUUGAAAUUAUUCUGUUGAAGGUUAAA